AUGGAAGACAGCAAAUACAUUAUUUUUAUUCUAUUAAUUUCUGUUUUGAAUGGAGAAAGACUAGAACAUGAUCGGCUAUCUUGUAGUACUCCGAACACUGUAUAUAUCGAAACUGGAGUGUAUUGGUGGACGACGUCAAGGAUCAUGCUGAAUAUAUUUUCCUUUCAUGAAGACUACUGGGAUGCCUUGACUGAUUUUGAAUGUCAACACAAGAGAACAGCUCGUAUUAUGACAGGUAGCACAAAGGGUCUGAACAGAACAAAUCUUGCUGAUCCUUUGAUAGAAGAUCUUGAAAAUCGGUGGAGGCAGGAUGAGAACUUCAGAAUGUUCUUUGUCGAAAAAGAGGCUAAGGUGAUGAAUGGUACAAUACCCUUAGAAGUGACAAAAAUGUUGAUGAAGUCGGAAGAAUCCCCGUUUUCAAUAGGGUGCAAAGACAAUAAGAUAAAUGUAAACAUUAAAAUGAUGUCCUUGGAAGCAGUGAAUGUAAUUAAAUGUGAAGACGUUGGAGAGGAGGUUCAGCAGGAUUUUUAUGAAUACUUCGACAUUUCUACGCCGUGGAUGUGGGAGUCCAAAAAUCUGACCUAUUACAUUCAAGAAGAAAAGUGUACGGCGAUCUCUGGCACUCUCCUUUGCCCCAAAACCGCCAUCAAACAAGACCCCAUCUGUUCUGUCUAUAACAUUGAACUAUGCAAAAAAACUCCAGUACACCGAGAUCCCGAGUCCCCAACCACUUCGUAUGUGAGACAACUUCCUGGUGGUGUCUCUGUUUUUGGAACGUUCAAGCAGCAAACUCAGCACAACGAAGGUGCGGAGAACCGGACCCGUACGGAGCUUGAUUGGGGAUUAUAUUAUUUUAAUUACACUGAAGAUGCUAGUUGA